GUCGAGAGUAUCCCAAGUCGGAACCGCUGUUUCGCAUUGAGCAGCCUCAGUAACACCAACAGCAGACGUGGCGAAGCACUGUGUUGUGGUUCCCUGUGCUCUUUUCGUUCUAUUAGUUCCAGUGUGUCCAAGUGUUUUCCAGCUAUUUGUAUGUACAAUAAGUUACAAUAUUUAAGCUUUACAGUUUAAUUUAAUAGUUGAUAGAAAUCGGAAUAGUUAGCACAACCUGAUUAGAAACUAUUUUCAACGAUUCUUUAACAAAAAUUAUUAAAUUAAGUAUUGAUCAGCCGAAGUAAAUUCUAUAAAAAUAACAGAAGAUACUGACGUAGUUCAGAAGAUGCAAGAUGCCACACUGUACGAAAAUUCAUCUACUAAAUUGGCAAAUAGCCAAUAUUCAAAUACUUCUUUUACUAAUGGUAAAUCCAACAGUGAGUCCUCAUCAUGUACAAAUUCUAAAUCAGCAGAUUUGGAGAAAACAAAUGAUUUAACAGUUAGUGAGAAUCAUAAGAAUAACAGCAUGAAUUCAAGUGUCCAUAUGGUAGCAAGUGAAGCAACUCAGUCGGGAGCAGCAUCACUCCCAUCAGCUUCAAUGAUGUGGUCUGUGGCUCCAGUUUCAGCACAAACCUCAUCAACUCCUGAUGAAACAUAUGUUCAAGGGAUAUCAUCUAUGAAUAAUGGUGGUUCAUUUCAGCAAUUUUCUACAGCACUUUCGAUGAAUUCACAGUCUUCUGGGAUUUAUAACUCUGGCAUGGCAUUUUCCUCAAACCAAGUCCAAACAGCAAAUUCAAUGUUAUCACAACAUGGCAGAAGAGCAAUUACUGGACAUAGCAGUGUCAACAAUAUUCCAAGACCGCAGACAAACCUAAUGGUUAAUACUUGCAGCAAUCCAAAAAUACUACCCAACUGGAACAAUUCUCAUCAAUCAACAUGGUCAACCCAACCUACACAAACAUCACUUUAUCCUCCCUGGAAUGUUCAGCAACGUAGAUCUGUACCUAACAUGAGUGCUCUUGCUCCAACAGCCACAAAAAAGCAAAAUAUACAACAACAGCUGCAGCAGUCAUCAUACAUUGUACCUUCAAAAUUUAAAAGAAGUACCUCUUUUCCUGGACAAAUCCAAAAUUCAGGAGGUGUAAAGAAUCCAUAUGAUCUUACAAGUUUUGAUGAUGUAGGAUAUCAGAAUCCAGCAAACCAGUAUGAUUCAAUGAAGUUUCCUUGCCUUGAAAAUCAGCUGAUUGAUAUAAUGAAACACAAUUCUCUAGAAGGAAUGCAGUUACGUGGAGAUAAUAUGAAAGGAAAAAUGCCUUUUGUAAUUGAAGAUGCAUUAAUUGAUGAUGGAUCGCUCGAUCAGACUGUUCCAAACUUGUCAGGAACACCUCGAUCAUCUCCAAGCUCUCAGGGUUUAGAUCGCAUAGAAAGAUUUUCAAGAAAAGUAUUUGUUGGUGGACUGCCUCCUGAUAUAGAUGAAGAGGAAAUAACCACAGCUUUUAGAAGAUUUGGUGCCCUUGUUGUUGACUGGCCUCAUAAAGCUGAGUCAAAGUCUUAUUUCCCACCAAAAGGAUAUUGCUUCCUGAUUUUUCAAGAUGAAUUAUCAGUACAAAGUUUGAUAGAAUCUUGUUUAAUGGAUGAUGACAAACUUUACUGGUGUGUAUCAAGCCCUACUAUGAAGGACAAACCGGUGCAAAUUCGUCCUUGGAGCUUAAGCGACUCUGAUUUUGUUAUGGAUGGUUCUCAGCCAUUAGAUCCGAGAAAAACAAUAUUUGUUGGAGGUGUCCCCCGCCCAUUGAGAGCAGUUGAGCUGGCAAUGAUCAUGGAUCGCUUGUAUGGUGGUGUUUGCUAUGCUGGCAUAGACACUGACCCCGAACUAAAAUAUCCCAAAGGAGCAGGCAGGGUUGCAUUUUCAAACCAACAAAGUUAUAUUGCAGCAAUUAGUGCUCGGUUUGUGCAAUUACAACAUGGGGACAUUGAUAAAAGGGUUGAAGUGAAACCAUAUGUGUUGGACGAUCAAAUGUGUGAUGAAUGUCAUGGUGCACGAUGUGCUGGUAAAUUUGCCCCAUUCUUCUGUGCUAAUGUGACUUGCUUACAGUACUAUUGUGAAUAUUGCUGGGCCCAGAUUCAUUCACGCCCAGGGAGAGAAUAUCAUAAACCUUUGGUUAAAGAAGGAGCAGAUCGUCCUCGGGCUGUGCCAUUCAGGUGGUGUUAAAAACAGUCAUUGACUUUAAUUAUUUUUUCAUUAUUUUUUCUAUUUUUAUUAUUGCUUCUAGUCAUUUUUCUCACAUUUAAAUAAUAUUACUUUUAGUGUAAUUUUGUAAUAUUUUAAGAUUGGAUUAAUUCUGUCUUUACAACCUCCCCCACCCAUAAAAUUUAGAAAGCUAGUGUAGCACAAUUUAUUGAAUUUUAGUCUUAGUUUAUUAAGUAUUUCAACGAAUUCACACAAUUUGACGCCACACUUACAGUGAUGUGAGAUGACAUGUUUAAAGUUAUUUUUAUAUUGCAUUUUUAUAAAAAAAAAAUUGUUAUUAGUCCCAUUUAUCAGCCGUCUUUUCAUUAAAUUGGAAAAUACUUAGGGGAAUUUGUUUCCAACAUUUAGGUUAAGGUACUUCAUUAACCUCAAAAACUUUUUCUUUAAACCAUUAAAAUUACAAAACAUUAAAAAAUAAUUUAGAUAGACCAGAGUUGGUUUUAUAGUAUUUAUCUUUUGUACAACUUGUCAUAUAAAUAAAUAUUUUUCUUUAUUUUUUACCUAACAUCUUGCCUAAUGUAUACAAUUUUGGUGAAGCUAAAGCAAUUGCUUUUAUUUAACACUGUUUGAAACUUUCAUUUGUUUAUUAAGCAACAAUUUUUUUUAAAAAUUGACAUUGUUUGACUUGUAAUUUUGUAUAACUGUAGCAUAAUGUGAUAGUAUCUUUUGAAGUUGUAUUUAACAUUGCCUUUGUGAAUAACAAAAAAAAAACAACUCACAUAUGAAAUGUGAUAAUAAUACACUUACAAAAAGAAAAAAACACUUUGGAGAGCCUUUUGCUCCCCAAUAUUUAUAACAUACAAUGGGAGCAUACUUAGACAUUACUUGAGCUGUUAUUUAAUUUUAAUACUACGAUUUUUUUUAGUAAUAACUUUUUAAUUGUAGGUAAUUUUGGAUUAUUUUUCAAAUUUGCAUCAUUACUCAGAUGUGAAAUUUUUCAGAUGCAUGAUGUUACAUAUAAUGUAAUGCUUUAUUUUUUAAUCUGGAAAAGCAUUUCUGACCUCAAGUGUUCUUACAUUUUGUUUGUACUCAAUUUGUUUUCCCUUUUUCAGCAGGGAUAUUUGUUCAAGAAUACAUUUGAAAGAAAAAGUAGUCAUUGAAUGCAAAUUUGGCAUUUAUAAUGCAUGUAAUCAACUUAAUGUUGAGUGAUAUGUAGAAUAUAGACUCAGUACUUUAUUGCAUGCAAAUUAUUUUUUGAAUUAUUUUGGUACAUGUAUUUCAUAACUGUGAUGUUUUCACCAAAAACAUUCUAUGGGUAGUACUGUAAAUAUAAUAUAUACAUAUAUAUUUAUAUCUAUUUUGUAAUUUUCAAAUUUCCCCAGUUUUCAUUCAACAUAUUUUUGUCUCAAUAUUUCAUUACCCAAAGUCCAUUUAGAAAAGCAUUCCAUUAUUUAUUCUUUGCAAUAAUGCUGCAAACUUGUAACUUAUUGUUUCUUUACACAUAGUCCUUUUAAAUCUUUUUUAUGUAAAAUUUUAAUGGUACUCAAGGAUGGUACUUCAGCUACUCGACUUUUCCAAUAUACUUUUUAUUAAGGUAUGAUUAAUGGUUUUUUAAUGUAUCUCCACUACUAACAUUUUGAAUAAAUAAAAAGCCACAAUCUGGUUAGAUAACUCAGUUACAUUAAGAGUGUUAAUAAUCAGACCAUAUUUGAUUUAGCUCUGCAGUGUUGCAUUAAUUAUGACAAGAUUAGUAUAAAAAAACAUAUUUUCAGAAGAAUUUCUUAAAUACCUUUUUUUUUGUUUUGAUAAACAAAAAAAACAAACCAAACCUGAAUCUCUUGAUACCUAGUCAGCUUUACUGUUUCUUUUUACCCAAAAGAGUAUGCCAUAAACUUUUAUACAUUUUUUAAAAAUUGCUGAAUUUUUUUUUUAUUGGCAUGCACUUUUGUUUAAAAAAUUAUUGGAUAUUAGUUCUUACAAUUUUGAAAAGUAACUUUGAAUUUUAGUGCAUGUUUACUGUUCAUUGUUCUGAUGUUGAAAUUUUUACCAUUUGCAUGUUUUAUCAAUCAGAAUUCACUUAUUUUUAAGAUUUGAAUUUUUUAAAUUGUUAAUUUUAAUUUUUUAAAAAGCCGUUGUAUUAGUAAAUUUCAUACCCACAUUGUUGAUGCUAUGCUUCCACUUGUAUUUAAUACAGUUUUUGUGUACAGCCUUUUAAAAAAAAGUGGAAGUAAAGUAGUUGCUUUUUUAAUUUAAUGCAAGUUAUGUUUUAGAACCAUUUUUAAGCUUUUUUAUAAUGUGCACAUUGUUUUUUAAUAGUAUUUAUCUCAAUAUCUAUUUUUGUUACUUGAGAUCAAGAUUGCCAUGGGUGAUAGUAAUGUGUAAAAGGAAGCAUUUGUAACACAGAGAUUACAAAAAUUAGUUUAUUACCCAAAUAUCUUAACCACUGAGGUUUAUUAUUUCUACAGAAAUGACCAUCACUAGGGACAGAAAACCUAGAUUUAUUUUAAAUAGAUAUUAUAGAAGUAGCAUUCUUAAUUAAAAGCUAUUUGUUAACAUAAUGUUGCAUUUAAAGAAUUAUGUGCAAAAUUUAAGCCAAAUAGUCCUGUGAAUGUCUUAUGUAUUUGGUAUGAAAUAAUACUUGUUUGUAUUGUUCACUUUUUGUUUUUAACUUCUGCUGCAUUUAUUAGUAUUUAUAAUAUUAGAGAAUAUUUUUUACACAUUGUUUACAAAGAUAAAAUUUUGGGAGGGUUUUAAAAUUCAUGAAAAUUACUCAAAGUAGUAGCCAAUUGCUCAUUUUAAUGCUGCUGUAAAGUAUUCUUCCAAUUAUAUAUAUAUCUUUUGUUGUAAUACUAAUAUUUCAAAGUUCCUGUGAACAGUAAUUGUAUUUAACAGAUUUUAUAAAAAUAGGAAAAUUAGUUUUAGAUUAAGUAGAAUUUUGUUGUUUAAGUACAGUUUUCCCCCAGCUUUAAAAAAUAAUAUGAUAUUUUCAUAAUUAAAUUCCAAAAAUAUUUCAGUUCAUAGAAAAAUAACAUUGCUAAUCAAAUGAUAAAACAUGAUAAGACAUUUUAAAAACAUUUUUCUCUUGCCUUGUUUUAGAAACUGAAUUGUGAAUAAUCAAAUUUAAGUCAGUGCCUUUUAAAAAGUCACAUGAUGAAAAAUAUUUGUUUUCUUGUUUAGAAGUUUAGGUUUCAAUGUUUUGUGUGUUACAAUUAUAUUUGCAAAGUAAAACAACCGGUUUUAAGUGAUAUCUAUUGUGUAACUUGAAACAUAUAGUCAGUCAUAUUUUUGCCAACUAAUGGUUAUAUUUUACAUUAUACUUGACAUGACUAAUAUAUCAUUUGAAUUUUCUUCUAAAGUGCAAAUAUAAUAUUUAUUUACUAUAACAACCAGUUACGAUGAAUUACUCAAUUAUAAAAAAAAAUUGCAUUAUAUGAAUAUAAGUGGUAUAAGUAAAUGUGUAACAGAGAGCUCACACAUAUUUAAAAAUUUCAUUAAAAUUGGAACUAAUUAAAAAGCACAAAUUUGCUUAUUUAAAAAAAAUUAAUUCAAUAUGAAAUAUUUCAGAUGUUUUAGGUACUAUUCAUUAUACUUAAUACCUUGUCUCUAUGUAUUGUAAAUUAACAAUUAACACUGUGAUACUACUGGAUGCUACUGAAGAUUUUGAAAUUUUUCCCUUUUGUAUAAAUGGAAAGUUGUGGAACAAGAAUGAUAGUAAAUUGGCAUAAAUAUGGCUGACACUUCCAAAAUUUAAUAAUGUGAGCAAAAUGUGACAACCUGGAAUUAUUAUUGCACUGUUUUAAAUUGUAGAUCCACUAUUUUUGUAUAAAUUUUAACUCUAGUCAUUUGUUAAAUGUGUUCAGAUAAUAGAAAACCAAACUAUAUUUAUAUAAAAAUAUUUAAAGUAAGUGUUGUAGGAAA